UUUGAAGCGAAUAUGGCCGACAUGGACGGGAGCUGAAAAUGGAAAUAUCGAUGAAGCUCAUUAGUCAAAUAGAUAGCUUUGAAAAUGUUCAAGCUCUUGUCAAACAAGAUUUAAGAGAACUUGGAAUAAAGGUACCGAAAGGCAAAAAGUUAAAACGACAGGGUUGUUUGAAGAAUCAGGGAGAUGGCCAUGGGGAUAUAUUUGGGAAUUUCCUGUCUUUAGUGCCAUGUGUUUACAUAGCAGACUGUGGAUAUGUUCCAAAAUUGCUUGUGGAUGCAGCAUCCCUGAUUCAUGAAAACAUUGAACAAGAAGGACUGUUCCGAAAGUCGGGGGCUGUCAGUCGGCAGAAACAGCUCAAGCAACAAAUUGAGAAUGGAAAGGGAGUACAUGGUGCUAAUGUUUAUGAUGUGACAGGUUUGAUCAAACAGUUCUUCCGGAAGCUGCCUGAUCCUUUAUUGACCAGUGUGUACCAUGACUCCUUCAUCAAAUGUUACCACAUUGACCCCUCCGAUGUCUCCACCCAGGCGGUUCUGUCUCUCUGUCUACUGUUACCGGGGGAACACCUCAGCACGCUCCGCUACUUCAUGCUUCUGCUGUCAGAUGUGGCAAAUUGUGCAGAGCAAAACAAAAUGGAUGCCACCAAUCUGGCAGUAGUAUUGGCACCCAACAUCAUGCAUCUAAACAACAAGACAGAAAAAAUGAAUUCUUCAGAGGAGAAGUUACUGCAAGUUCAGACAGCCAUUGUGGAGGUUUUAAUCAGAAGUGCUUCUAUGAUAGGCAUGGUAUCACCUGAGGUGUAUGAGAAGGCUUCUCUCAUCACUGAGAUUUUUGGAACUGAUGAUGAGCUGGAUGCAAGCUGUGAUACACUGGAGGAGUCCAGGGAUCUUAAAAAGAAAGAGAAACGGCGGAAAAGAUCAGGGUCAUUUCAAGGUGUAAUUAGCACUAUAGCUAAAAGUGUGACCAAAUGGAGGAGGAGUACUGAUGGCAAGUCAAAUACAAGUCAGUCAAGCAACAUGAGCACCAUGAGUCAGUACAGCAACAAAAGUCACAUCAGCAACAAGGCCAAUUCCAGCAACUUACAGACCAUACACACAGAUAUUGCUACAGCAACCCCAGUGGUUAUCAGGAAAAGGAAAGCAUCAGGAGAAAUGCCUUUCUCAGCUUCAAAAAAGAAAGCAAUUUUGAAAAAUCUUCCAAACCAAGCAACUCUUGCAAAUACCCCCUACACUCCAGCAUCUACUGUCAAGAAAUUGGAUAUCAAUGAAAUGAAGAGAGCUGGUACUCUGAACACACCCAGUAUUGCCUUCAGUAACAAAAACAAGCUGGCCUUCAGUGCUACACCUUGUCAAAGCAACAACAAAACUGCAAGAAAGAAGCUUGGCUUAUUUAGUCCUGCGAGUGCUAGGAAAGGAAGGAAGUUAUCCAGCUCCAGCAUAUCUAUCCCUAAUGCAUCCAAGAAGAAUAAAAGUAAAGGAAUUUUCAGGCGAUUUAGUGGAGGAAAGGGGGAUAACCAGCCCAUGGCAAUCUCAUCAGAUUCCCAAAUGUCUGAUAGCAUUGGUCAGCGCCUGGCAGGACAGGACGAUGAUGAUUCUAAUAGCCCCGGUCCAGACAAUGUCAACACGUCCAGUACAGCACUAGAUGUCUCCAAUGGUUCACUCAAUGUAGAUCAGUCCAACUUCACGUUUGGUCCAGAUCAGUCGAUUAUUUCUGUCUGUGAUGACAGGAACUCACUGAACGAAGGUUUUAUCUGCUCAGAAGAUGUUGACAUGUCACAGGCAGACACCACAACUCUAUCCUCGGUGUGCUCAGAUGGAGCAAUCAAUCGGAACAGAUCGUCAACCUGUGGAGAACCUGUUAGAACUUGUUUAUCAGAUUCCUCUGUUAACUGUUCAAGGUUAGGGUCAGACUCUAGUGUGGACAGAUCAGAUGUGUUUGAUAAAAGUCUAAAUGUAAGUAAAAGAACUAAAAUUCUGAGAAGAGGUCGGCCUAACUCACUGAAAGCUGGACUUUUAAGUGGAGAGCCAAGGAAGGUCCAAAAUCUGCGGCGAAGUUUUGGGUUAGAUAAGUCUGAAAUAAGUGACCCAAUUCCUUUGUAUGUCCCAGAUGUUGCUGACAUGGAAAGCACAAGCCUUAAUAAAUCAAAUGAACAUGAGAGACAGCAUGAAGUAAGUUCCGUCAAAGAAACUUUGAAAGAUAUCCAAGCUCUGGAAUCAAACCUUAAUUCCCAGUCUUUCAGGAAAAGUUUGAGUAUCAAUGAUCUGUCCUUGAAAACUGAAAAUGACACCCAGUCCUUACUAGUUGGUAAAACACAAGAUGGUGAAAAGGUUACUGAAAAUCCAAAGUUUCAAACUUGUGACAGUACAGAUAGUCUACUGAGUGGACAGCAGUCAGUCAGUGCUUCACCAGAAACGAAGAAAAAGGCAAUGCAGAGAUCCAUAUCUACUGACAGUGGGAAGGGCUCAAUGUUUGAUGAGUCUGGAGUCAUGGAUGCAAGCUCAAGUCAAGAUGCUGACCAGUUUUUGGAUGGUAAUUUGGGUAUGGAUGUCAUUGAAAACAUCCUGAGUGCUGGGGCUCCUUCUAGUGUAACUGAGAACAAAGAUGAAAAAGAAAUCCGAAAAUCCUUAUCUUCUACAAAUCUAGUCAAGGGAGACAAACCAAGAUUAAGCAUAAGCAGAUCACAGAGUGUGUAUAAUGCAGCAUCAAAACGACAGCCAAAUAUUACACCCAAUCUACAAAUCUCCACCGAAACACAUAAUCUGUUAUCUAGAGCAGGAUACAUAUCCAAGAAAGGAAUGAAAAAGACAUCAGAUGAUGACUUUCAAGUAAUGGGACCACCACCACCAAGAAUUAAACAAGCUGAAUUCCACAAGCCUAAAAGGGAGAGCAUCUUGGAAUUGAAAGUAAAACAUGCUGGCAGAGUGGCAGCAAGUAUAAAACAGUUUGAAACUGGGGACAUCACUCCUGCAAUAGCGAAUAAAGCAGUAGAGAAUAUAGCAAGUGCAGACCUAGUUGAGAGGCACAAUUCACCAUUAAGAUUUCCUAACUGUGUCUCCAGGAAAGCAGGGGCUUCACCACUUAAAUUACCAUCAAUGCUGACCAGGAAAGAAUCUCUGGCCAACAAGAAAAGUGACUGUCAUCCUAAUAAACUCCUCAGUAAGGGACAGGCUAGACUUCCCAUCUCUACCCAGCUACUCAAACCCACAGAGCAAGCCACUGUCACGAAUGUUGAUACCCCAAAUACGGGGUCGAAUUUUAGAAAACCAGUCAGACGACCCAGUAUUUACUAUGCAAAGGAUGGUGAUACUCCUAAAGUAGACAAGUUCAAGGAUACCAGGAUAGAUGACAGUGUGUUUGAAGCUGCUGUUGCUACACCCUUACCAGAAGAACCAAUGGAAACAAGUGAAGACAGCAUUAAAGAGAAUCCACAAAAUAAAGAGAAUGUUUCCACAAUAGAGUCCAUUAAAGAAGAGGAAUCAGAAGACUCCAUAUCUGAUACCCUUACUGGAACUCCGCUGAAAUCAGAGACUAUUGAUAAUGUAAAAACUGCAAAGCUUCCUAAAAUUUUACAGCCCCUUGGGGACAGUGUGAUUCUCAGGAGCCCGGCAGGUCUGACCCCCAAACAAAUGCUGCAAAGAUCCCAGACGACCUGUUCCCCACGGUCACCCAUUAAAGCAGUCAAACGACUCGGAUCAUCACCAGGGUCACCAGCUCUGAGCAGACGACACUCCAUGUCACCUCGUCGUACACAACACAAGAUUUCCCUCCCGGCCUCAGUUCCAGAAUAUCUCCAUGAUGAGAUGAAUGGAAUGUAAAUUAUUGAAAUUCAUUGUUCUUUCUCAUAAUUUGUAGUAUAUAUGCAUACAACUGUAGUGUCAUCAUGGACUUGACAUGCUUUAGGAAUCAAAAGGGACAAAGUAUACUACAAAGUAUUAAUAAAUACAGUUUGUAAAUAUUCAUGAAUUCUGAGUGACUUAUGAUGACAGGGUAUGUUUUAAAUGUUGCAUGCAGAAUCCUCAAGGAUUUCUAAGUAUCAGUGGAAUAUGUGUUAAUUGAUCACAUGCUUUUUGUGCUAUUUUAUACAUAGGUUGUAAUCCUAUUUUAUUAAUAUUGAUAACUUAGUUUUAUAAGGAACUUUGUAAAUAGAUGAUAGCAAUCAUGCUCUUUCCUUUUAGAUACAUUAUAUGUAUAACAGUACCUUGCCAGUUGAACAUUAUUUAUUUCCUUUUACCAUGUUGACUCGUCUUUAUACAGUUUAUUACAGUGAGUUUUCCUUCGUGUAUAAUUGAUCAGAUUUAAUAACUUAACUAUUUUUAUUGCUUUUAAUUAAUAUGAAAUUUUACACCUCUGGUUAUAAGGUAAGAUUUUAUCCUUGACAGACUAUUUUUUGCAAAUAUGAAAUGAGGACAAUUUUCAUAUUCAGUUAAUGUUUAUUUAAUACCAGGUUUGUUUUUUUUUACCAAGAACAGGAGCAAAUAUUUCCACUUAAAACAUGAAUGGACUAAGUUCUUGGGCUGUAACUUCUAGGCCUCUGUAUUUUUUUUUUAUAUCUGGUAAAGAGAAUCAGAUUAAAGGCAUACCGAUUCUUCUAUUGGUUUUAAUUUUUUUCCCUUUCUGAUUGUGAAAUGUUUAAAGCUUUUUAUGUUUGAGAAUAAAAUGAUUUUUUAUUUACCCAUAUGUUAAGGUUAGGUCUUAUCGGUCAGUAUUGUAAUUCCUCGUAUUCUUGUCAUGUCUCAAUUUUAAUUUGCAGCAAGAUUCAUACUAUUUUUUUCUACUAAUUAAUCAUAAAGUCAAUCUUAAUUUCUUAAAAAAUGUUUAAUUUUUUGAAACAUGUUAAGCAUGUUGUUUAGAACUUGUAUACGGUUCUAAAGACCUCUGCAUUUUACACCACAUGCCUCUGAAAUGAAUGAUUUUUUGUACCAUACAAUUCUCGAGUUUUGUUCUUGAUGGACAUCCUCCUGAUUCUCUAUAGUGAUUAUGCAUGUUAUCUGUCUCCGCCCCUUCUUUCUCUGUAUUCUGUGAUCUCCCUUUGCUGGCAAGCGAAAUCUGCUCCUCUCUGCAUCCUUAAACUAGUUAAUAUGGACUGUUUCUUUAUUACAAAAUAGUUUUGCUAAAUAAACCAAUUAAAUUACAA